CGAUGCGGUUGGUUUUCAGAGUUGCAUAAAUGCGUCACAGCGUGACAAAAAUUACUUCCUCCAGGGAAACAUGACAAACAAUUAUUCCAUCCAACUGGUGUCUAUAAAUAUUCUUCAGAUGACAGUUGUUUGAGUUAGUGUGCUCUUUCCGAAAACGUAUCGUGCGGCUUACAUUUUCAAAAAAAGAAACACCAUCCAGGGAAAAAAAAUAGCCAUCAUCAUGAUUACACAUCGCUUGUUGGCAUUCGAAGUCCUUACCGCAUUCCUCGUACUCCUCCUCCUCCAACAAACGCUGAUGGUCCAAGCAUUUGGUUACUCGUAUUCCAGAUUUAUUGGACCCGUUCGUGGACCGGAGAGGCAAAUCAUCGUUCACGACCGGUACGACGGCAGGGGACGUGUGGAUUACGUCGCCAGACCAGAGUACCAGUUCGCGUAUGGAGUCGAAGAUGCCAAGACACGAGUGUUGCAAAAUCGACGGGAGACCCGUAAUGGCGAUGCUGUAAAAGGUGUCUACAGUGUGGUCGACCCUGAUGGCUCCCUGCGAGUGGUUAAGUAUACCGCGGACAAUGUUAAUGGAUUCCAAGCUGAGGUCAUCUCAAAUGGAGUCUCGACAAAUCAUGGUCAAGAUAAUCCACUUGUUGCUGUUCAUCCGGAUCCGCAGCAAUUAGUAAGUGAUGAUGGUCGUCGUGUUGUUGGUGGUGGUGAUGAUGAACAUCAUCAAGUGAACGCCAAGGACGAGAUUGAACCACGUCCCAAUCAUCAUAUUCAAGUGCAGCACCCAGACAAGACAUCGCAUGAAGAAGAAGGUGCAGGACCGAAGAAGACAGAAGAUAUAAACAAUGAAUCUUCAAACUCAAAAGAUGCUAGUGAGUAUCAAGAAGAAGAUGAUGACAGUGAUGAUGGUGGGAAGUCAUCAUCCGAGAGUAGAAAUGAAUCGCAGGAGAAAGAUGAUGAUGAUAGCAGUGAAGAGGUCGAAGAUUAUUAG